AUGCACCCAACAAUAUUUUUUGGAAUAUUCUCGAUUCUUAUCGGAAUUCUCUACUCUGCUGAGCCAUCGGGCAUUCGCCAGUUCCGCUUUAUGUCUGUAUGCAACAAGUUUUGCUCGUUAAAGCAACAGCCACUUGUUCAUCUUAAACAGUGUUGUGCCGGCCACAAUGCAGGUAACUGGGCGACAUGUACAAAGUUUAACCAGGCUCUAUGUGCCAGGAAUGACGUGAAAUGGUCGCCUGAUGGGAAUGUGGAAUGUAUCUCCUAUCCUGGCUUUGGAGAAUGUGCUACUCGAUAUGCAUUGAAUAACAGU